UGCUGUACUGCUGUACUGUCAACGUCGGGUGACAUACCAGUGAGGAGUCCAUCUGAUGUUGCUGACAGUCCGUACUCUUGGAGAUCCAGAGGUAACCUUUACAGUUACAGGGUUUAAAGGACACCCCAAAAAAGGACCGACAACAUGUUCCGUGGCAGACAGACACGAGUGCUUCUCCUGAAUGACAUGGAAAGAUUGGAGCGCACACUGUUUCGCCUGGAUCAAGGUUUUGAGCUUCAGUUUCGGUUAGGGCCAACCCUACAGGGCCAGAAUGUGCACGUCCACACCAAUUACCCAGCUACAGGAAGGAAGUUCAACAGCUCCUACUUCCAUCACCUGGAGUGGGUCAACCCCAGUGGCAGAGAAGAUGACUCUGACAAAUACUGCAAACUGGACCUGGAGAUAGCAGGCUCUUAUCAUUAUUACUUUGGGUGUGGGAAUGAGAAAAAGACCGGAGGUGGAUACAUUGUGGUGGAUCCAGUGCUGCGAGUUGGCCAUGAGAGGAAGAUGCUGCCAAUGGACUGCAUCACAAUUCAGACUUACUUGGCCAAGUGUCUGGGUCCACUGGAUGAAUGGCUGGACAGACUCAAAGUGGCCAAGGAAACUGGUUACAACAUGAUCCACAUCACACCUCUGCAAAAACUAGGUGUAUCACGGUCAUGCUACUCCAUAGCCGAUCAACUAGAACUGAACCCAGAUUUCUCCCCACCUGGCAAGAACUACACAUGGAUGGAUGUGGGCAACCUGACUGAGAAACUUAAGAAAGAGUGGAACAUGAUUUGCAUCACAGACGUGGUGUACAACCACACAGCUGUCAACAGUAAAUGGAUCAGACUCCAUCCAGAGUGUGGCUAUAACCUGGUAAACUCUCCUCAUCUGAAGCCUGCCUGGCUUCUGGAUAGAGCCCUGUGGCACUUUAGCUGCGCCAUAGCAGCUGGAAAAUACGAUGACAGUGGCCUUCCUGCUCUUAUUGAGAAUGAGAAGCACAUAACAACGCUUCAAGGGCUUCUAUGGACGGAGGUUUUCACCCAGUUGAAAAUAUGGGAGUUUCUGCAAGUGAACGUUGAGAAAGCUGUGGAGCAGUUUAGGAAGCUUCUUCAAGCUGGCAACAAACCUUUGGGGCCUGAGUUGGAAGGAAAGCCUAAAUGGAAAAUUAUUCAGGAUUCACAGUACAGACGAUUCAGCAACACCGUAGACAUGCAACUGGCCCUGGAGAUGUUUGGCAGACACAAUAAUGGCCCCUCAUCCAUCCAAGAAUGCUGUGAUUGGUUUAAAAAGAGUUUGGAGGAACUGAAUGUGGAAUUCUAUAAGGAAAUGCAUGGCCAUCAUGAGCAGGCUAUUAACUGCAUAGUGGGAACGGUUCACUAUGAAAGACAUGCCGCCCAUGGCCCUCAACUUGGACCUGUCACCUUGACAAACCCUUUGGUGACAAAAUAUUUUACCUUCCCAUUUGAAGACAUGUCCAUGGAGCAAGAAAAACAGCUGAUGCAGAAUCCAAAUGAAGCUUGUCAUCUGCUCGCCCAUAAUGGAUGGGUCAUGGGAGAUGACCCGCUCAGAAACUUUGCAGAGGCAGGGUCUAAUGUUUACCUCAGAAGAGAACUUGUUUGCUGGUGUGACAGUGUUAAACUUCGUUAUGGUGAAAAACCAGAAGACUGUCCGUACUUAUGGGCUCACAUGAAAAAGUACACAGAGAUCACAGCCAAACAUUUCUCUGGCGUGCGUCUGGAUAACUGCCACUCCAUACCCCUUCAUGUUGCUGAGGCUAUGUUAGCAGCAGCCCGAGCGGUCAGACCCAAUCUGUAUGUGAUAGCCGAACUCUUUACCGGAAACGAACAGCUUGACAAUUUGUUUGUUAAUCGGCUGGGGAUAACCAGUCUUGUCAGAGAGGCCAUGAGUGCAAGGGACAGUCAUGAGGAGGGGCGGCUCGUGUACCGGUUCGGAGGGGAGCCUGUGGGGUCUUUUGUGCAGCCAAACCUCAGGCCCUUAUUGCCUUCCAUAGCUCACGCCAUGUUUCUAGAUGUUACCCAUGACAACGAAUGUCCCAUUCAGGCCCGUUCAGUGUAUGAUGCCCUACCCAGCUCCGCUAUCGUCUCUAUGGCUUGUUGUGCCACAGGCAGCACUAGAGGAUACGACGAGCUCGUCCCUCAUCAGAUUUCAGUAGUAAAGGAAGAGCGUCUUUAUUCUAAGUGGAACUCUGAUGCACUGCCCUCUUCUGUUGGGGAGGUGAACCUUCAAACUGGUAUAAUGUCAGGAAAACUGGCCCUCAACAGACUCCACCAAGAGCUGGCAGAGAAGGGAUUCACCCAGGUUUAUGUAGAUCAACUGGAUGAAGACACUGUGGCAAUAACUAGGCACUGCCCUAGUUCACAUCAGUCUGUUGUGACUGUGUCUCGUACGGCCUUUAAAAACCCUGAAACACACCAGUACAGAGAACAUCUGGCCCCCAUGUACAUCCCAGGUAAAAUCGAGGGAGUGAUUUUAGAGGCGCGGACAGUAGAGAGAAAGACUGAGUCAUACACGAAAGAUGAGAAGUUCAUUAACGGCAUGCCGAACUACACAGUUGAGCUGCGUGAAAACCUCCAGUUAAAGGACAGUGAAAUUGUAAAACAGGGAGAUGCCACCACAAAGGGCCGCAGUGAGUUUGUUGAGGAGAUUUUGUUUGAAAAUCUCACUCCUGGUAGUGUUAUAUCAUUCAGGGUGAGUCUUGACUCAAACUCUCAAAACAUGGUCGGCUACCUACGAACUCAACUCGUACAGUUUAACCGGCUUUAUAAAUCUGGAAGUCUGACUGACAGCAAUGUUCCUGGAAUCCUGAAAAUAGCACUUGAAUUUUUAAUCUCCAAGUUAACCCUUGCUGAACUGAACGUCUUACUGUUCCGCUGUGAUGCUGAGGAACAGGAAGAUGGUGGUGGCUGCUACAAUAUUCCAUCCUGGAUGCCCCUGAAGUAUGGAGGCCUACAAGGUUUUGUGUCAGUGUUGUCUGAAAUUCGCCCCAAAAAUGACCUUGGGCAUCCAUUCUGUGACAAUCUCAGACAAGGCGAUUGGAUGAUUGAUUAUGUGAGCACUCGCCUGAUUAAUAAAGGUGGCGCUUUGCGGGAGGUGGGAAAGUGGUUUGUUGCCAUAUUUACAUAUCUUAAGCAUAUUCCACGUUACUUAGUGCCAUGUUACUUUGAUGCCAUCAUUGUUGGGGCAUACACCACAGCUGUAAAUGCCGUUUUCAACCAAAUGUCCAGCUUUGUUCAGAAUGGUUCAACUCUGGUCAAGCAGCUGGCUUUGGGUUCGGUUCAGAUGUGUGGGGUGGGUCGUGUCCCUGCCCUGCCUCAUCUUUCCCCUGAACUGGAAGGAAUCUGUCUCAAUGAUGCAACCAAACAAGAGGAGCAGUGUUGCGUGUCUCUUGCUGCAGGUUUACCACAUUUCUCCACCGGAAUCUUCCGCUGCUGGGGAGACACUUUCAUAGCCCUGCGCGGUCUCAUGCUUUUGACAGGAAGAUACCUGGAGGCCCGAAAUAUCAUCUUGGCCUUUGCUGGUACAAUGCGUCAUGGUUUGAUCCCUAACCUUUUGGGUCAGGGCAUUGCAGCACGGUAUAACUGCCGUGAUGCAGUAUGGUGGUGGCUUCAAUGUAUCCAGGACUACUGUAUCAUUGUGCCCGACGGCACAGACAUUCUAACAUGUCCUGUGUCACGUAUGUAUCCUACUGAUGAAUCUGAGCCGCAGCCCCCGGGGACAGUGGACCAUGACCAGCCAUUGUAUGUGGUGAUUCAAGAGGCCAUGCAGCAUCAUAUGCAGGGAAUAGAAUUCAGAGAGAGAAACGCUGGGCCGCAGAUCGACCACAACAUGCGAGAUGAAGGCUUUAACGUGGAGGCAAAAGUAAAUCCCGAGACAGGCUUUGUUUAUGGUGGAAAUCGCUUUAACUGUGGGACAUGGAUGGACAAAAUGGGAGAGAGUGACAAAGCCCAUAAUAGAGGUGUCCCUGCUACACCCAGAGAUGGUUCUGCGGUGGAGAUUGUGGCCCUUUGUAAGUCAGCUGUGCGCUGGCUGAUGACGAUGAAUGACAAAGCACUUUUCCCAUACUCCUCUGUUACCAUAUACAGAGAUGGUAAAGAACAGUCAGUGUCCUAUAAGGAGUGGAAUCAAAGGAUCCAAGAGAAUUUUGAGAAGAUGUUCUAUGUGUCAGACGACCCUUCUGACCCAAAUGAACAGCAUCCUGACCUGGUCCACAAGAGAUGCAUUUACAAAGACAGUCACGGGGCCUCCAGUCCCUGGUGUGAUUAUCAGCUCAGGCCUAACUUUACCAUCGCUAUGGUGGUGGCACCAGAGAUGUUUACAGUGGAAAGGGCCUGGAAGGCUUUAGAGGUUGCAGAAAAGAAGUUAUUAGGUCCUUUGGGAAUGAAAACGCUGGACCCCGAUGAUAUCCUGUACUGUGGUGUCUAUGACAACGCCCUGGAUAAUGACAACUACAAUAGUGCAAAAGGAUUCAAUUAUCACCAAGGACCUGAAUGGCUUUGGCCUGUUGGAUACUUUCUACGAGCCAAACUUUAUUUUGCUAAGAAAACGGGCCAAGAGAAAUACAACGAAACCAUUUACCUGGUGAAAAACGUCCUAUCCAGACUUUAUUCCCAUUUAGAAAGAUCACCUACGAAAGGCUUACCUGAGCUGACCAAUGAAAAUGGACAGUACUGCCCUUUCAGUUGUGAAACCCAGGCAUGGUCCAUUGCUACUGUUCUGGAGGCCCUAUAUGACCUUUAAUGUCAUGCAAGGACCUUGUAGGUCUAACCAACCUCUUCCUGCCAGCCUGAGAAGCUCAGAGGACAUGUUUUGCAUUCAGAACAUCGUGCAGACACAAAUAUGUGUUGGAACUUUCUGAGAUGUUUGGUAGAAAUGAAAACCCUUUAUCUUUAACUACUGGAUGUAAACUCACUUUUAGAGAGGUUUUACAGCUUUACUUUGUCAUGUGUACACAUUUUGGCUUGUAUUUUGGCCAGAUUACUGUCAUAUUCAGAUUGUUUCUUUGCUUGUUUGUUUGUAAACAGAUGUAUGCCCAUUGGUGACAGCUUUCCUCAACUUAAAAAAUUCAGCUGAUGCCAUAAUAUUACUAAUAUACUCAUAUUCAAUAUUCAUUCUGUAUUCUCUAAAUAAACCAAAAACGUAUUAAAAACAGC